UGACGUCAGCCCGGUGGGCGUGUCCUCGGCGCUUGGGUUGACUCAUGGACGCCAUUAUUGAGGGUGGAUUACAUCAGUAGCUCUUAAGGUCUAUGGACACGGUCUGUAGAACGGCUUAACAAAUGAAGGUGACCCGUUAAGCCCCGUUACCGUGACGAUGCUGACCCGCCUUUUCAGGCUGCAUGGCCUGUUCGUGGCCUCUCACCCCUUGGAGGUGAUCGUGGGAACGAUUGCUGUGACCAUCUGUCUCAUGUCCAUGAACGCCAUCGCUGGCGGCGACCAACUCUGUGACUGGAAGUAUCAGUGUCCUAAAGCACAAGAGAAAAUCCUGAGCAGCGACAUCAUCAUCUUAACGGUCACCAGGUGCACGGCCAUCAUCUACAUCUAUGUGCAGUUCAAAAACCUGAGGCAGCUCGGCUCCAAGUACAUGCUCGGCAUUGCCGGACUCUUCACUGUGUUCUCCAGCCUCGUCUUCAGCAUCGUGGUCAUUCAUUUCCUUGGGAAAGAGCUCACAGGCCUCAAUGAAGCGCUGCCUUUCUUCCUGUUGCUGAUCGACCUGUCUAAAGCCUGCACGCUGGCCAAGUUCGCUCUCAGCUCAAACUCUCAGGAGGAGGUGAGGGAGAACAUCGCUCAGGGCAUGGCCAUCCUGGGGCCGACCUUCACCCUGGAUGCCGUGGUGGAGUGCCUGGUAAUCGGAGUAGGAACCAUGUCUGGUGUUCGGCAGCUGGAGCUGGUGUGCUGUUUCGGCUGCAUUUCCGUCCUGGCUAACUACUUCGUCUUCAUGACCUUCUUCCCUGCCUGCGUCUCUCUGGUGCUGGAGCUUUCGAGAGAGAGCAGAGAGGGGCGGCCCAUCUGGCAGCUGAGUCACUUUGCUCACGUCCUGAAGGAAGAAGAGGACAACAAGCCCAACCCUGUCACACAGCGCGUCAAAAUAAUCAUGUCUCUGGUGCUGGCGCUGGUUCACGCACACACACGCCUGCUGGACGAGACUCCUUCCAACAACUCCUCCGGCUCUGCUGUGGAUCUGCACAGCCCCGACAUGGACGCACACACACCCAUGACCAGUUUGGACAUGGAGCAGGUCAUCACUCUGUCUCUGGCUCUGUUGCUGGCUGUGAAGUACGUCUUCUUCGAGCAGGCGGAGAACGAGUCCUCCCUGUCAAUCAAAACCCCUCAGACUUUCCUGUCCAAUAGGAGAGCAGGAGAGGAACGCUGUAGGAGGGAUGUAGUUUUACCCAGAAUCCCACACAUGGUGAACGCCAACACAAGUCCAGCUCCGCUUUCCGCUACAGACACGAGAGAUAAAGAUCCUCAGCAGCAGGCUGUGGCGUGUCCUGCUGCUCAGAGACGUACAGCAGAGGAAGAGUCAGAGGAGAGAGAAACACAAAUCCCUGAAACUUCAGUCCAACCUCGUCCUCUAAACGAGUGCCUGAGCGUCCUCAGAGACCCGCAGCAAGGCCCACGUUGCCUGAGUGAUGCAGAGGUGAUAGCACUGGUGGAGAACAAGAGCAUUCUGGGAUACCGCCUGGAGGCGGAGCUGGAGACUCCAGAGAGGGGCGUGGCUAUACGUAGGGAGAUGUUGUCGUGUAAGUUGCCCCGUCCCUCAGCCCUGGAGAACCUCCCUUACACAGGCUACGACUACUCCAAGGUAAUGGGCACAAACUGUGAGAAUGUGAUUGGUUAUGUGCCUGUGCCAGUGGGCGUGGCUGGCCCUCUGCUAUUGGAUGGGAAGGAGUUUUAUGUUCCCAUGGCGACGACGGAGGGGUGUUUAGUAGCCAGCACCAACCGAGGCUGCAGGGCCAUCACUCUCUCAGGUGGAGCGAGUGCGCGUGUCCUGGCUGAUGGUAUGACUCGGGGUCCAGUUGUGCAGUUGCCGUCAGCGUGUAAAGCUGCAGAAGUGAAAUCCUGGCUGGAAAGUUCUGACGGCUUCAGUGCACUUAAACACGCCUUCAACAGAACCAGCAGGUUUGCUCGGCUUGACCAGCUGCAGGUCUGUCUGGCUGGCAGGAAUCUCUACAUCCGCUUUCACUCUCAGACCGGUGACGCCAUGGGCAUGAACAUGCUGUCUAAGGGCACAGAAGAGGCAUUACGCAGGCUGCAAGAACAGUUUCCUGAGCUGCGUGUGUUAGCCGUCAGUGGAAAUUACUGCACUGACAAAAAACCCGCAGCCAUUAACUGGAUCCACGGUCGAGGAAAAUCCACCGUGUGCGAGGCCACGAUCCCGGCUAAAGUGGUGCGAGAGGUGCUGAAGACGAGCACUGCGGCUCUGGUGGAGCUGAACAUCAGUAAGAACCUGGUGGGUUCCGCGAUGGCCGGCAGUAUAGGCGGCUUCAACGCACAGGCCGCUAACAUUGUAGCAGCGAUUUACAUCGCAUGUGGACAGGACCCAGGUCAGACAGUAGGCAGCAGUAACUGUAUCACUCUAAUGGAGGCUGUCGGGCCAGACGGAGAGGAUCUUUGUAUUUCCUGCACGAUGCCGUCUAUAGAGCUGGGCACCAUUGGAGGGGGCACAAACUUACCACCACAGCAAGCCUGUUUGCAGAUGCUGGGCGUACAGGGUGCGAGUGCAGACUGUCCCGGAGAGAACUCGCGCACCUUGGCACAGGUGGUGUGUGCGGCGGUGAUGGCAGGAGAGCUCUCGCUCAUGGCCGCUCUCGCUGCUGGACACCUCGUCAAGAGUCACAUGACUCUGAACAGAUCAAAAGUCAACCUUACAGAAAUGUCCGGAUCGAAGAUGAAGGAUCCUUCCUGAUGGUGCAUUCUGGGAAAUGGGAGUCUAUGCUAGCUACAAUAUAACGACUGCCAAAACUGACUCUUAGGACGUUUUUUUUUUUUUUUUUUUUAAAGAAAACUCUGCCUUUUAAAGUCAGCAGAAGCACGCUGACACGAGCGCAAGCAGAACAUGGAGAAAUAAACCCUUCUCAGAUCCAUGUUUGGGCUUCUGGAGCCGCUUUGCACUAGUGUUUGGACAAUGACGAAUGUCUGUAUGCGCUAACAGUGAAGUAUUGUGACUUGGUCAAGCACUGUGAUGGUAUUAAGCGUUGCUAUGUCGAGACGCAGAUCGUGCACGAGAAGGCGGCUGUAUUCUUUAAUCGAGGUUUAUAUGCUGAUAAAACAAAGGAAGACGAGUCUCAUUUAAAGCUGCGGUUAACUACGUGACACAGUAACAUCACUACUACACCCUAAUUCUGUGGUACACUAAAUCCUGGAUCCGUUAAAGAUGUAUGCUUUGUUUUGAACAAAUGUUUUGUGUAUCUGUCUAUGUUUGUGUGUGUGUGAGAGAGAAAGUGCUAAAGGUCAGAGUGUGAAAUUAAAGUGUGUUUAAUUCACUGGAUCAUAAACAAACUGGACUUGUGGCUGAACAGACGUGCUGAAAGUGAAGGUACUAAACUAGUCUGAUUAAGUAAGGAAUUCAAGAAUUUCACACAGUACGUUUUAUCCGUUUACAGUUACAUUUAUUGUGGAACGUCCAUGAAACUUAUCGCAGCUAUAACAGUCGUUCUGUUACGUGUGUCACUUUUUUUGGCCUUUAACAAUCAAAGCAAACACACACAUGCAGACACGCUGUUCUGCCCGAUCCUGCAAAAUAAAAUAACAGUAAAGCCAUAUUACUCUGUUUCAUAAACCUUAUUGUUUAGUUAAAUAUAUAUUUUAUUAAUUAAUUUAAAUUCACCAUGGCUGUAUUUUUGUUUUAUAAAAUGCCAAAAAUGUAAAAUAAUUAAAUAACAGUGCUGUUAUUCA